AUGUCCGACGCCGGCAGAAAGGAUUUUUCCGACAAAUUCCAAGAGAAGAUUAAGCCAGACUCCGAAAAGGGAUACCUAGAAAAGGGCAAGGAGUUCGUCACCGACAAGGCUGACAAAGCCGCCGGAGCCGUACAACCUGAAGAGAAGAAGGGUGUCUUCCAAGGCAUUUCCGACUCCGCCCAAAAGGGUAAGGACGAAGCUUCUGGACCAACCUUGAGCGAACAGGCUGGCGAGUACGUGGACGCGGCCAAGGCCAAGUUGAACGACGCUGCUGAAUACAUCAGCUCUUCUGUCCACGGCGGUGAAAAGAAAUGA